AUGCUCGUUAGCGGUUCGUACGAUGAAGCAGUCUUUUUAUGGGACGUGCGCUCUGCUAGAAUUAUGCGUUCGCUCCCCGCACACUCAGACCCAGUAGCAGGCGUCGACUUCGUUAGGGACGGCACAUUAAUAGUGUCAUGUGCGGGUGAUGGUCUUAUUCGAAUAUGGGAUUCAGCAACCGGUCAAUGUCUACGGACCUUGGUCCAUGAAGAUAACCCACCAGUUUCGUCCGUCAGGUUCUCUCCUAAUGGCAAGUUCAUUCUUGCCUGGUCUUUGGAUGGUUGCGUUCGAUUGUGGAAUUAUGUUGAAGGCCGUUGUAUAAAGACCUACCAAGGUCAUACAAAUGAGAAGUACAGCAUAACAGGCGCGUUCGGGUCCUAUGGACACCGACGAUCAUCCGGCAGUUUUCAAGAUAGGCCUGGCCUAGCAGGCCAACACUCAAAUAGUGCCAAAGAGUACGCUUAUGCCGCUAGUGGAAGUGAGGAUGGCACAAUUUUAUGCUGGGAUGUCAUCAACAAGAAGAUAUUACAGACGUUGGAAGGCCAUUCCGAUGUUGUCCUGGGAGUUGACGCUUUCACUCCCCCUACUAUGGACCGGAAGAGGCUGAUGGCAAGUUGUGGUUUGGACCAAACGGUCAGGAUAUGGGAAGAACUGGAGGACGAUAGCCAGGAAGAAAUGAAGGAGGGAGACACAAAUCAAACGGAUGAAGGCCCGAGGGAUUUUGAAAUGAUCGAGCAUCUAGAGGAGGACAAACCUGCCGAAGAGAAGGGCACUGACGAGAAGUCUGACGCCGGGGUAGAAAAUGCUGGCGCCCCGAAUAGUGUAGAAGGGGAACAACGCGCAAAUUUGAGGCCGGCUGGCACCGAUAUGGAUAGCGAUGGCGACUUAGUGAUGGGAUAG